UACGUGACGAAAACAUAACCAAACAUAUUUAAAAAAAACAAGGAAAUUGUAAUUUAUAAUGACGAAGCUCACUUUUUCUUCUAACGAGGCUGUAAGUUUGGAAAAGCAGGUAGAUUUGCUGUGUACACCAAUCGAAACGAAACCAGAAGACCUAGAAGCCGUAUACGAAAUAUCCAGGUGCGCUGAAUGGAUUCGAAGUAACAAUUUUAAAAAGGUUUGCUUACAAUUUCCAGAUCAUUUGCUAGCGGAUUCGAGCGAAGUCAUCUUAAGACUUCAAGGAAUUCUAAACCAAACUGUAUACCUUUUAGGAGACACUGCAUACGAGAGCUGUUGCAUUGAUUACAUUGCUGCCGCUCAUAUUGAUGCGGAUGCGAUAAUUCAUUUUGGACCCGUUUGUUUCUCGAAAACAUCUGCAAGUUUACCUUACAUCAAUAUUUAUGAGAAAAAAUCUCUGGAUCUAGAGAAAUUAAGGGCUCAAUUUGAGGAAAAAUUCAAUGAUGAACAAUAUGAAAUUGUUAUAUUGGUAGAUACAAUUUAUUUGCAUCUUUUUGAUGCAUUGGAAAAGGUUUUUCGAGAUCUUUGUAAUGUUUCCCUUCAGAGGAUAGAUGCAAUCGAAUGUAAUCAAACAUUUAAUUGUCUUUGUUUUUUGAGCGAUAACGAUCGUAAACUACUUAAUGUUGCUCUAAAUUUCAAACCUAAAAUAUUGUACUAUUAUGACGGGAAUAUAAAAGUAUUUGAAAACGCUUCCAAAGUUGUAAAACGAAGAAACUUUAUUAUCGAAAAGAUAAAAGACAGCGAAACUGUUGGUAUUAUAAUUGGAACCUUAGGAGUCAAGAAUUACCUAGAAAUUUUGGCACGAACAAAAACUUUAAUAUCCAAUAGCGGCAAAAAGUACUACUUAAUUAGUGUAGGAAAACCUACAGUCGCUAAAUUAGCCAAUUUUCCAGAGUUGGACAUAUACGUUGUAAUAACAUGUUCUAUGAACGAAAUUUACGAGAGCCGGGACUUCUACAAACCGAUCGCAACUCCAUUCGACAUUGAAAUUGCUUUAAACCGUAACGCAGAUAGUAUAUCGGACUUUACAUACGAUUAUAACGCAUUCUUAGGUAAUACAGAGAUUGCUUCGAACACUGAAGCAGUCGGAGAUGUGAGCCUGUUAACAAAUAAACUUCGUGUACCUGUUACCACAGAAGAAAUAAAAGAUCCGGAAGAUACUACGGUCGCGGUAAAAGAUGCUGGUACGAUAGCUUUGAGUAAUUCCGGAGCAGGUUACUUAGCGCAAAGGUCCUGGCAGGGUCUGGAGCAGAAUUUGGGACGAACAGAGCCUCAUUUAGCGAAGGAAGGACGAGAUGGUAUCCCUUUACAUUAUCGCAAUGAAGAACAUCAAUAAGUAAUUCAGCUUUAAAAUACUUAUAGUAAAGUGCAUUGUAUAUCUUUCAAAUAUAAAUAUUC